CCGAAGUCAAAAGAGUCUGAAUGGGUUAAAGAUGGAGGAGGAAGUGCUGAAGAAGAGAAAACAGUGUUAGAGAAGUGUCUAUGUUAAAGAAGAGCAUCCUCUCGAUACUGAACAACACUACAGCCUUAUCUGAGCAUUACUCCUUCCUCUCCAGCUACUCGAGCACUAGCGAAGUCCCAUUCUGCUUGUAUAUUGAUCUGUGAUUCGUUAGCUCAUCUUUCCACUUUUGCUUUCUUUGCUUCCUCUGCUUCUUUGUUGCUUGUCAUGAAUCUGUUGUAGAGAACAUGUCUGUAUUAUCUACCAAGCAAAGAUACACUCCCACCAUUGACAACUCCAACAGGAUCGAGAGCAUCUUGAGAAACAACAAUCAAAACAACCAAAACAACCAAAAUAACCAUAAUCACAACAACAACAAUACCAAAAGCAAUAUCAAACACAAUAUCAACACUAACACCAACACCAAUACAAACACCAAUACCAAUAACAUCAACAAUAACCAAAUUAAAUUCAACAACAAAUCCUUUCAUAAUUCUCAUUUCUCAUCUCCUUCUAUCUCUUCAAUUGAUUCGGUGCCAGUGACCAUCUUAACUUCCAACAGUUUUGAUAAUAUAAACAACUACAUUAAUGAUAUCAUAUCAAAUAUCAACGAAAUAAACAAAAUUAACCAGAACCUAAUUCAAGUCAUAGUCUCAAAAGAUCAGCUAAUUGAAGAAUUAAUUAACAAUUUAAAUUUUAAAUCUAAUGAACUAAAACUAUCAAAUUUUUUUAACAAAAAAAAAAUCAAUUUCCUAAUCGAUAUCAAAACCAAUAACAAUGACCACAACAAUCAUUCUGAUAAAAUCAAUGAUAAAUUAAAUCAACUUGAUAUACACUAUUUACAAAAUUUAAGAGUAUUGAGGAAUACUUAUUACGACACCAAUAACAAAAGCAAUAAAAAUAUAAAUAAAAACUUUAACAAUAAUACUAAUAAUAACCGUCAUGAUAAUAACAAUAACAAUAACAAUAAUAACAACUGUAAUAACUUUAAAAUUAUUCAUCAGAAAUCAAGAAGCAACCCCUCUCCAAAUUUUAUCAAUAAACUUAAUAAUAAAAAAUUAUUUAACCAAAACGUUAAUCAAAAAUUUAACCAAAAAUUAAACCAAAAAUUAUCUAUCCCAUUGUCUUUAAAUACAAAUUUUAAAUCAUCCCCAACUACCAGUCUAACUUUAUCAACUCCAAAUUCUGUCAAAACUCCAAUUUACCUAUCAACCUCAACUUCAAUACCCCACUCAUUUAACAAUUCAAUAAACACUUCUACAAAUACCUCAAGAAAUACUUCAUUCAACAAUUCAAUUAACAACUCAAUUGAAAACUCAACUUCAUUAUCAACCUCAAUAUCAAAUAUACAAAACUCUCUGAUUAUCUCAUUAUCUCAUAAAAGAUCAACAUCACUACCUCAUUUCACUUUUCCUUUCCCUUUUUCAAAUGAAUUAUUAAUCAAUAAUAAUAUUAUUCCUAAAUCUAACUCAAAAACUACUCCAAAAAUUACCCCAAUAACUACCAAUGCCCUUAAAUCUCUGAAAGCUCCCAAUACUCAAAUCCCUCCAAAUCUUCUAGAAUCAUCUGAAACAAUAAAAACUCUGGAAAUAUCAAACACUUCAAUCUCAAAAAGAAACUCUUCUUUUCUAAAUUUCAACUUUAAUAAAUUCAAUAAUUUUAUUAAAAAAAAUAGAUUAUCAAUCACCUCAACUCUAUCGAAUAACUCUAAUAAUUCUAAUAAUUCAAUUGAUCGGAUUACCUCCACUACUUAUCAUAACCCAAACAAAUCUAUCAACUCAUUAAAUUCAUUACAUUCAAACAAAUCAAAUUAUAAUAACUCAAACAGUACAAUAGACUUUAAUCAACUUCUUUCUCCAAUCAGACCCUUAUCUUCAUCUUCUUUAACCCAUAUCUAUUAUUAUAAUUCUCAAAAUUUAGACUCCAAUCAAAAAAUUAAUGAUAUAGUUGAAAAUUUAAAAUUUAAAAAUAUAAAUAAUAAUCACAAUGAAAGCAUUAAUAAUGGUCAUAAUAAUCAUAAUAAUAAUAAUAAAAACAACAAUAACAAUGAUAAUGACAAUGAUAAUGAUAAUGAUAAUGAUAACGGUAAUGAUAAUGGUAAUGAAAAAAAUAUAUCAAAAGUUAAAAAUAAUUCUAUUAUAAACUUUGCCAAUUGGUUGUCUCAUGCAAAUUCAAACUUCAACUCAAUUCCACCCAAAACCCUUCUUCGUGCAAAUACAACAAAUUUACUUCCCCAAUUACAAAAAACUGACGAUAAUAAUUUUAAUCAAGAUUCAAACAUAAUAACUCGUAGACAUUCAAUUGCUAUACCUAAUUCAAAUCAAAAUUCAAACUUAAUCACCUCCAACAGUACUGAAUCGAACAGAAAUUAUCUUCUACCUAGCCUACAGACUUUAUCAAAGACUCCUAAAUUACCCGUUGAACUUGAUAAUAUUAUCCCCAAUAAUGAGAAACCACCAACUUUAAUCAGUAAUCUUCAUAAUAAAUUAGUCGAUAAAUAUGGUUGUUUUUAUGAUUACGACCACCUUUUAAAUAAUCCAACUUCAAAUUCGUCGUUUGCAUUUUCUCCAAAUAAUACGCUAACCGGCUCUUUGAAUCAUAUUACUGAUACUUUAUUAAAUAAAAAAAUCGAUAAAGAAAAGGAAAAAAAUCUUUAUCUCACUACCAAAAACUUAAUUACAAUAGCUAAAGAACAUGAUCAGAAAUUACAAAAAACUCAGUAUAAAUGGAAUGAAUUUUUCACUAAAAUUUCAAUCGCUUAUAACAAUAAUAAUAUCAACUCCAAAAGUAACUUUGCUUCCAACACUAAUUCUAAUUCAAACUCAGACCUAAACUCAAGCCCAAGCACACGUUUACAUUUACAUUCAAAUUCGAAUCUUAAUUUAAAUUCAAAUUUUAACUUGGAUAGAAAAGAUAAUAAAGUUAAAAAUAAUGAAUCUAUUAAAAACUAUGAUUCCAUAAAUAUUUUCAGUCCAAUUAGAAAAGUUUAUGAAGAAUUUGAUGAAAUGGAUGAUUGUGAUUCGUCUUCUGAGGAUUUAGAAAUUAAGCUUUUUAAUGUUAAUCCAAUCCAUUCUCCUUCAAGCGAAAUUUUAGAUAGUACUGAUUUUAUUAAUGAUGAUCUCUUGGGAUUAUUUGGUAGUAAUUUGAAAAACAACUAUUUUAAAUUGUAUAAAGACUUUAAAAAAUUGAUUUACAAUGGAAUACCAAUGAAAUUAAGACAAAGAAUUUGGGAAGAAUGCUCAGGUUCUAAAUCAAUUAUUAUCCCCGGCGAAUAUAAUGAUUUGUUGAUGAAUGAUAUCAAUAGUGAUUUAGUGUCAGAUGUUUCAAGAAAUAGUAAAAUUGAAAGCAUUAUCAAGUCUGAAUCCCAAAUACAAUUGGAUAUCCAUAGAACAAUGCCAUACAAUAUUUUUUUCCAUGGGGAUAAGGGACCUGGUAUCGUUAAAUUGAGAAAUAUUUUGGUUGCAUUUAAUCGAAAAUAUCCCGAUAUUGGGUAUUGCCAGGGAAUGAAUUUGAUUGUAGCGAUUGUGCUACUAAUUUUUCCCAAAGAGGAAGAUGCAUUUUGGUUUUUUAUUAAUAUUAUUGAAAAUAUUUUAGUUUUUGAUUUUUUCAAACCGGAUUUAAAACAAAUUCAAAUUAAUUUAGAGAUAUUUGGAAAUUUAUUUGCAAAGUAUUUGCCCAAUUUAAACCGACAUUUAAUUGUGAAUAAACAGAUUGAGUUGAAUUCAAUAAUGAUUAAUUGGUUUUUAACUUUAUUGAUUGAUAUAUUGCCAAUUGAUAUUUUGUUUAAAUGUUGGGAUAUAAUAAUAUGUCUCAAGGGAGAAAUUGAAGUUUUCCGGAUUUUUUUAAGCAUAUUCAAAUUUUUUGAGGAAAACAUAUUAGAAAUCAAAGAUACUACAGAAAUUUAUGAUUUUUUGAAAAAUAUUAAAAAAAAUUUCAGGAAAUAUAAAUUUAAAUCUAAUGAACUAGUCAAGCUAAUAAAAAAGUUUGAAAAUUUAGUUGGUGAUGAAGAGAUCUAUAAAAUUAGAGAAAUCGAAACAAUAAAAUUUGAGGGAAAUUAAUAAAGAGAAACUAAUUAAAGGAUGGUUUUUAAACAAUAAAUAAUCGGAGAAGGAGGAUAAUACCAAAUCAUAGAAGAGUAUCAAAUUAACUGGUUUAAUUUUCAAUUUCAAUUUCAACUUUUUUCUUUUUUCAUUUUUCGUUUAGUUCCUUUCCAUGAUUAUAUUGUUUGUGCUAUUUACAACUUUUAUUUCUAUUAAAAUCAAGUGAGUAUUUUUUUUUUUUUAUUUUUUAUUUAUUUAUCUAUCUAUUUAUUUAUUGUUUUCAAUUGUUAGUUGUUUGCUUUGUUUUCUUUUUUAUCUGAAUAUUGUACAUUAUUCUCAUAGAUAUCAACUAUAUUAUUUUGUUUUCUUCUCACUCCACUUGAUUUAAUUGUACAAUUAUUUUUUUAAAUUUUUUAAAUUUUUUAUUGCUUUUUAUUGUUAAUUAUAGUUAAUUUUUAGUUUUUUUAGAGGUUAUUUU